CGAACCCUGUUCCUCCUCCUGGCAGCAGCGUGCAAAGCCAACUCUGCCACGCACGCCGCAAUAUUUCAUCACUACACACGACUCAAAUAGCGGUCUGUGUCCUGACACCGAUCGUCGGCCUCUUUCACGUUGCGUGACAGUGCCGCCUUAACGAGGAAACACACCAGGACACCAAGAUGGCGUCCGGCGGCCCCUCCAUCCCGUCCGAGGAGCCCGACGUGGUGGUGUGCAUUCGCGGCAGCGAGUUCCUGGCGCACAAGGAGAUUCUGAUGGCGGCCAGUCCGUACCUCAGGGACGUGCUCCAGGAGAUCGGCACCGAGCAAAAGAUCAAGGUGGAGCUGGAGGGGGUGUCGCCGUCGGCCUUCGAGGCCCUCCGCUCCUACAUGUACCUGGGAAGCAUCCGGAUCACCUGCCAGAACGUCACCGAGGUGUACCGCUGCGCCUACAAACUGCGCAUCCGCCCCCUCAUCUCUAAGUGUCUCCAGUAUCUGGCCGAGUCCGGCGAGGUGGGCCGUCACGUGGUGCUGUACGUGAACGCCAUGAAGGUGGGCAUGCGCGACGAGGAAAAAGUGGCCUUCCAGUUCCUCGUGGAGCACUUCGACAGCGUCAUCCGCUCCAGGGAGUUCCUGGACCUGAACCUGAACGAGCUCCAGGCGCUGCUUAGGUCUGACGUCCUUGGCACGAGUUCGGAGCUGAACGUGUACGUUGCGGCACUGGCGUGGCUGGACCACGACUACGAGCGACGGCGCUCGAUCGAGGAGCAGGUGCUGGAUUGCGUGCGCUUCCCGCUGAUCGACGAUCAGACGCUGAUGCGCUGCUUCAAGCCGCCGCUGUGCCCGGACGCCGCCGUCAACGCCGCCGUCAAGCUCAAGAUGGUCAAGGCCGUCUUCACCCACCUGGCCUUGCUCCGGGACCGAGAAGAUUUAGCCGUGGAGUACCGCGCCCGUCCCAGAAUCUAUUUGGUCGAGUUCCCCACCGUCAGCUGGGACAAGAACGGCGUGCUUCGUAACUACGAGAAGUGUUCGUACACGCGGGAGAACCAGGCCAUCCGCCACGAGGCCGCCACCUGCAUCCAGGACGCCUUUCGAAGACACCGCGGUUGGCCGCUCAAGUCCACAUUGCCCAAGCUGGACUCCGGAACGGAUGUGGGGGACGCAGGUGCUUCCUACGUGGAGUUCGUGCCCACCUGGGUGGACUCCAGCGAGUCGCUGUCAGCCAAGAUUCGCAAGGACCGUUCACAGGAGAUGGAGAUAAACACGUCCGUCUACGAGGCCAUCCCGGAGAGUGUGGUGCUGGCCCAGUGCUACAUUCGCAGAUACCUGGCCCGCAAACACUUCCGCGCGCUCCACGCACGAGUCAAACCUGUGGUCGAGCUCGAAAACGUGAUGGAAGAAGACGACCCCUACCAACACUUCUUGGUCCGACACCCUGGAUCGCGCUCUCUGCCACCCAUCACCUGGGACAACUUCCCAGCUCGCGUCCUGACCAAGCACUUGGGACCCCUGCAAGAGUUGAACUCUUCCGUGGUCCUACUGCUGGGCGGAGUGGAGCCGACCAAGAACCACGAGCUGGGAACCAGCUGCACCAUAUUGCGCUACAAUCCGCGCACGCGCGCUCUGUCACGUUGUGGCCGCCUGCCUCAGCCCCGACACAACCACACUGUGGCCUUCCUGGACGGGUUCCUUUACGUCAUCGGCGGUUUCGACACCCGGAACACUCACGGCGCCGUCAAGUUCGCCACCAAGACGUGCUUCCGCAUGUCCGUCGAGACGCGUCGCUGGGAGAGGCUUGCCGAUAUGAGGCACGCGCGAUGUAAUCAUGCCACCGUGGCCUGCAACCGGAAAGUGUACGCCAUCGCCGGACAGGAUGAGUUUGACAGGUUCCUAAAGUCCGUGGAGGUGUACGACCCAAGCGAGGACACCUGGACGCAGAGUCCCGUGCCGCUCUGCUGCAAGAUGUCCGCCUGCGGGGCCACCUUGCACAACGGCACCGUUCACAUCGCGGGCGGCGUGGUGCAGUCAAAAAGACGAACCGACAAGGUGUUUCUGGUGUCCUCGGUGGAGAGGUGGGACUCUACCUUCCAGCGCUGGCUCAAGGAGGCGACCGUCUUGCCAACCGGCAGGGGAUCUAUGUCCCUCGUCUCAUUUCAGGACCAGCUGCUGUCGGUGGGCGGUCUGACCCGGGACGACGACGUCCAGCUGAGCGUGUGCGCCGACGUGCUGUCGUACAACCGCAAUCGCAACGUCUGGGACGCCCUGGCCCCGCUACCGGAGCCUCGGCACGGCGCGGGCGUCGUGAACGCCGACGACAGCCUGCUGCUCUUUGGCGGUCUCAAGAACGUCAGCCAGACCGAGGCGAGCGCCCAGGUGCUGGCCUACAACCACCGACAGGAUCUGUGGGAGCAGGUGGCCUCUCUGCCCUGCGGCCUUGCGGGCUUUGCUGUCGUUGUACUGCCGCCUAGUGGACGUAACUCGGCUUCGUCUAAGGACUGGUCCGUCUUCAGCUAACGAUGAGGAUCCUGCCCCUUCGACAGCCCAUCGACCUCGGGAGGCGAAGUAAAAAGAGUCAAUCAAAGAGUUUCUUUCACUUGUCUGCCGUGUUUCUUCUAUGAAACAUACAACCAAAGCACCCUCGAGCCACGGGUAUUUUUUGCAAUGUUUAAGGAGGAAGCGAAAGUCACAGAGAGGCGACCCGAUAGAACGGGCAUAGCGGUAGAAUCCAAAUGCAGUCCAAAAUCUUACUGCUCGAAGUGUCCUCACUUGAAGAUUAGGCGUCUCUGGACCAUUCCAAUAUACGCCUUUUGCGCGCUGACAUC